AUGGGGUCGAUGUUUAGGAGCGAGGAAAUGGUCCUGGCGCAGAUCUUCAUCCAGCCGGAAGCUGCUUAUCCGCUGAUGUCCGAGCUGGGUGCAUUAGGCAUAGUUCAAUUCCGAGAUUUAAACAAAGAUGUUAACUCUUUCCAAAGAAAAUUUGCAGCGGAGGUGAUCCGCUGCGAUGAUAUGGAGAGGAAGCUGCGUUACGUCGAGGAUGAAAUGCAAAAGGAUAAGGUUGAUAUCCCGGAUUUGGAAGAACAGCCGAAGGCACCGAAUCCAAGAGAAAUUGUCGAUUUAGAGGCGCAUUUGAAAAAAACGGAGAAAGAGAUCGUCGAGAUGAGCGAAAGCAGCGUCAAGUUGAAGUCCAACUUUCUGGAACUGAUUGAGCUUAAGUAUGUUCUUGAGAAAACUGCGAUAUUCUUCAAUGAGCGCAAAAAAUCUGUGGCGGAAUCGCCUCGCAAUGAUUUGGUGUCUGAGGAUGCAACUAAUCAAGAGGGUAGAAGUCAAUUGAGCUUCGUCGCCGGUGUUAUCGGUCGCAAAAGAAUGCCAGCUUUCGAAAAAAUGCUUUGGCGUGUCUGCAGAGGUAACGUGUUAAUCAAGCAGGUGGAUAUAGAUGAAACCUUCGAAGAUCCAAUUACUGGCAACGAAAUAUACAAAACCGUGUUCGUCGCAUUCUUCCAAGGUGAUCAGUUGAAAGAGCGCGUGACCAAAGUGUGUUCAGGAUUCAGGGCUACUCUACAUCCAUGUCCAAGUAACAGCAACGAAUGUCAAGAUAUGCUUAAAGAAGUGAAGAUAAACAUAGAAGACUUAACACUGAUCAUGAACAAGACUCAGGACCAUCGGCAAAGAGUACUUAACGCAGUCGCUAAAGAUAUGAAAGAUUGGAAUGUUAAAGUGUGCAAGAUGAAGGCCAUUUAUCACACCAUGAAUUACUUUAAUAAGGACGUGUCCAAGAAAUGCCUGAUUGCAGAAGGCUGGAUUCCAUUGAACGACGUGCCGCAAGUCCAAACAACUUUAACCACGAUUUCGAGUUCCUGCGGCAGUUCCACUCCAUCCUUCAUGAACGUGAUUGACACCAAUGAUAAUCCACCGACUUUCAAUCGUACGAACAAGUUUACUAAAGGCUUCCAGAAUUUGAUCGAUUCUUAUGGCAUGGCCUCAUAUGGCGAAGUCAAUCCUGCAUUGUAUACCAUCAUCACCUUCCCGUUUCUCUUCGCCGUUAUGUUCGGAGACGUCGGUCACGCCAUCAUUAUGCUUAUAUUCGGAGCUUACAUGUGCAUUUACGAGAAAUCACUUGAGGCGAAGAAGAUUAAAAGCGAAAUUUGGACUAUAUUCUUCGGCGGUAGAUACAUCAUCCUCCUCAUGGGACUGUUCUCCAUUUAUACAGGAUUCAUCUACAACGACAUCUUCUCUUUGUCCAUGAACAUCUUCGGCACCAGUUGGGUGGAUGCAGUCGAUCGCAUUUCGUUAGAAGACAUCAAUAAAAACAAUUUCAUAGAAUUUAAUCCGUCCGUUGACUCGGCAACUGUUCCUUAUCCAUUCGGGCUUGAUCCCAUUUGGCAGAUGGGUAAAAACAAGAUUAUUUUCUUAAACACUUUUAAGAUGAAGCUUUCCAUCAUCUUCGGUGUUUUGCACAUGAUUUUUGGAGUCAGCAUGAGCGUCAUAAACUACGUGCGAUUCAACAAGAAGUACAGUAUCGUCUUGGAAUUCUUGCCGCAGAUUGUUUUUCUGGUUGCGCUCUUCGGCUGGAUGGUCGUCUUGAUGAUCAUAAAGUUCGUGUGGUAUGGAGCCCAAGGCACAGAUUACAGAGUCGGCACUUCUUGUGCACCUUCCAUCCUCAUCAUGUUCAUCAACAUGAUGUUAUUCAAAGAACCAACGCAACACGAUAACUGCGAUCUUUACAUCUUCGAAUUCCAACCGACACUUCAGAUGAUCCUAGUCGUAGUAGGUGUUUUAUGCAUUCCAACAAUGCUCUUGGGAAAACCUAUUUACAUCAUCAUCCAAAGGAGGAGGCAGCAGAAACAAAUACAAAUCAAAGAUAAUGUCAAUAAAACAAUGGAAAUGCAACCGGAAAUCAUCAAAGAAACAGAUGCAAAUAAACAAGAAAGCGAUGGUCAUGGUGAUGAUGAACCCUUAAGUGAGGUUUUCAUCUACCAGGCGAUUCACACCAUCGAAUACGUUCUUAGUACAAUUUCACACACGGCUUCUUACCUGCGUCUUUGGGCUCUCUCCUUAGCCCAUUCACAGCUAUCUGAAGUAUUGUGGUCUAGGAUAAUGAGAAUAUCUUCGAUGAAUUCUUUCGUUGGAGCACCGUUCGUCUUCCUCAUUUUUGGUGCUUGGGCUUUCCUAACAAUAGCAAUCCUCGUCAUGAUGGAAGGACUGAGUGCAUUCUUACAUACUUUGCGUCUACAUUGGGUGGAAUUUAUGAGCAAAUUCUUCAUAGGUUUAGGAUAUGCCUUCGAACCAUACAGCUUCAAAAGAAUUUUGAGUGAAGAUGAAUAAAUCUCAAUGUACACUACAAACAUUAAUAAUUGUAUUCCUUGUAAUAAACAUUUCUGCAUGUAAAAAUAUGGUUAAAGAUAUAAUUAUCUUUAUAAGGAUA